UUUUCCUCAGAUUGUCUCCAUUCUACACUUCUUCUUCUCGGGUUCUUCACUCCACUGACCGGCCAAGAUGGAGGGGAUGAACGGAUCCUGCGAGCCUCCUCCCCCCAUUGGGGAGAGAGGGAGGAGAACGCGGGGGGCGCUGGAGAUGGAGGGGACGCAGCAAGACGAGACCGACACCAACAGCCACGGCUCCAGUGGUAACGAGUACAAUGGGAACGAGUCUCGGCAGAGCCGCAGCUCCCACAGCAGUACCAGCGGCAAUGGGAAGGAUUCGGCCAUGCUGGAGACGACCGAGAGCAGCAAGAGCACGAACUCUCACAGCCCCUCGCCUCCCAGCAGUUCCAUCGCAUACAGUCUCCUGAGCAAUAGCUCCGAACAGGACAACCCUUCCACCAGCGGCUGCAGCAGUGAACAGUCCGCCCGGGAGAAGAAUCAGAAGGAACUAAUGAAGGCUCUGAAGGAGCUGAAAAUCCGCCUGCCAUCCCGAAAAAGAAUGAAAGGCAAAUCUGGGACUCUGGCCACGCUGCAGUACGCGCUGUCCUGCGUCAAACAAGUCCGAGCUAACCAAGAAUAUUACCAGCAGUGGACCAUCGAUGAGUCCCAGCCAUGCAGCCUGGACAUGUCCAGCUUCACUAUCGAGGAGGUGGAAAGCGUCACAUCGGGGUACACCUUAAAGAAUCCUGACACAUUCUCUGUGGCGGUCUCCUUUAUCACCGGCCGUAUCAUGUACAUCUCUGACCAGGCCUCCCUUAUCCUGCACUGUAAAAGGGACGUGUUUAAAGGAGCGACAUUUGCAGAGUUCCUGGCCCCCCAAGAUGUCAGUGUCUUCUAUGGGUCCACAGCACCUUAUCACCUCCCAUCCUGGAGCAAUUGCAUAUCUGGAGAUACAGCUUCAAUGGACUACACUCAGGAGAAGUCUGUCUUCUGUCGGAUCAGUGGGGGCCGGGAGCGGGAUAUGAACCUCCGCUAUCACCCUUUCCGCCUCACCCCGUACCUGAUGAAGGUGCGAGAUUCGGACAACGCCGAGGGGCAGCCCUGCUGUCUGCUCAUCGCUGAGAAGAUCCACUCGGGAUAUGAGGCUCCACGAAUACCGGCAGAUAAGCGGAUUUUCACCACCAGGCAUACGCCUAGCUGUGUGUUCCAGGAGGUAGAUGAGAGAGCUGUCCCUCUCCUCGGCUACCUCCCGCAGGAUCUUAUCGGCAUGCCCGUUUUAUUUUUCAUUCAUCCCGAGGACCGGCCGCUCAUGCUUGCCAUACACACAAAAGUCUUACAGCAGGCCGGCCAACCUUUCGAACAUUGUCCCAUCCGCCUGUGUGCGCGCUCUGGAGAGUAUGUCACCAUUGACACCAGCUGGAGCAGUUUUGUUAAUCCGUGGAGCCGCAAGGUCUCGUUCAUCCUCGGAAGGCACAAAGUCCGCACAAGUCCUCUCAAUGAAGAUGUCUUUACUGCACCUAAAGGGGCAGAAAUGAAGCCUGUGGACCCAGAUAUUCCGGAACUGUCGGAGAAGAUCCACAGGAUAUUGAUGCAGCCUGUGCACAGCACGUCCUCUGGUGGUGGGAAUGGUAGUGGCGGCAGCCAUACAUCUCAAGAACCGUUCCACUGCAAUGCUUCAUCCAGCGACAGCAAUGCCAUGGUCAUCGAGGAGGGGACAGCGCCCAAACCUAUGACAUUUCAAGAGCUUUGCCAGAAUGUCCAUACGGUGAAGAGCGGGGGUCAGCAGAACUUCCUGGGCUCCAGGCUCAUACGACAACCUCAUCGAGGACAUUUUCAGGCACUCGCUCCGGCUCGCACAGUCCCUCCAGCCAGCGUCCAGAACACUCCUCCCGACACAGCGGCUCCCCGUAUGCCUGAAGAGCUGACGCGAAAAGAGACCUCCAACUAUUCCUACCAGCAGAUCAACUGCCUGGACAGCAUCAUCCGAUACCUGGAGAGCUGUAACCUUCCCGGCACAGUGAAGAGAAAAUGUGGCUCGUCAUCGUACACCUCGUCCACCUCGGAGGAGGAGAAACAGAGGACGGCGGAGAGCGACAAGGAAGACCCCUCGGCUGGCCCAGCACAGCAGCAGGAUCUGCCUCCUCCACCCACACCAGCAGCAGUCGGCUCCUCACCUCUGGCUCCUCUGCCUCCUCUACCCCUCAGCAAGGCAGAGAGCGUGGUGUCCAUCACUAGCCAAGGAAGCUUCAGCAGCACAAUUGUCCACGUGGGAGACAAAAAACCACCAGACUCCGCUGAAAUGGUGUCUUUGGAGGAAUCAUCAUGCCCUGCGGCCCCACCGCCGCCACUACGACCGCUGGGGCUGACCAAGGAAGUCCUCUCCGCCCACACCCAACGGGAGGAACAAGCGUUCUUAACUCGCGUCCACAACCUCAGCCAGUUGCGGGUGUUCGACCCCGUUCCUGCAGGAGCAUUGGAAGAGCAGAGCCAGCGGGGGCCCAGAGGAACUAAACCCUCGCGAUCCCACCAACACCACCACAGCUCUGCCAGCAAUCCUGCUCCCCCAUCGCGGGAGGGUACAAAUAAUGGCGGCCACCGGGGCAAAAGUCGAAAAUCCAAAGCCAAGCGGCCAAAGCAAGGCAAACCUUUGUCACCCACUUCCAUGCCAAUGACCAACCACCCAGAGGCUCCUCUCCUUCCUCCUCCCCCAGUUAUCCCUGGUUACCCCCUCCCUAUGUUCUCUCCCCGGCCUCCUGCUCCUGAACCAGCCCCGUCCCUCCCUAGUUACCCUCUUGUCACACCCAUUGUUGCCCUCGUACUCCCCAACUAUCUCUUCCAACCUCCCCCUGUGGCGACACCAUUCUUUCCUGGGGUUUCAGGGUUUCCUACUUUUAAUCCCAACGCUGAAGCACCCACACAAGCUUCUGAAGCUCCUCCUCCGGCACCAGCUCCUCCUCCCCCUGUGGCCCCCUGCCCCCCUCCUCCCCGUUCCUCUUCCCCACCCCAGCGGCUCUUCCCGUCACGAUGCAGCUCUCCGCUACAGCUUGACCUGCUGCAGAUGGAGGAGCUACCGCAAACUAAUGCCGGAGGAGGAGGACCCGGAGGGGAGCUAGAAGAGGAAGGAGGAGCAGCCCCUGGUAAUUUCACAGCCAGGGGACCCAACCCGGGGACAGGACCUGGAGAAGAUGACAGACAGCAAGAGAACUGCAUGGGUGAUAAUCAGGAAUCCUCGUCACAUCACGAUGCUCUCUCUAGCUCUAGCGAUUUUCUGGAUCUCCUCCUCCAAGAAGAUUCCUGCUCUGGCUCUGCCGUUUCCGGUUCAAUGGGCUCUAAUGGAGGAAGCACUUCCGCAUGCGGCACCGGGAGCAGCGAGAGCAGCAACACCAGCAAGUAUUUUGGGAGUAUCGAUUCAUCGGAGACAGAUUUGAGGGUUAAAAUGGCCGAGAGGGAAGAGGCCGAGAGGAAGGUGAUCAGCUACGUCAUACAGGACCCACUCUGGCUACUAAUGGCCAACACCGACCAUGAAGUGAUGAUGUCCUACCAGAUUCCAACUAGAGACAUGGAAAGUGUCCUUCAGGAAGAUCGGGAGAAGCUCAAGCAACUCCAGAGAAACCAGCCCAGGUUCAGCGAGGAGCAGAAGAGGGAGCUGGGGGAGGUUCAUAGCUGGGUCAGAAGGGGACGAUUACCCCAUGUCAUCAAUAUCACUUCCUGCACAGGCUGCUCUCCAGAUGCUCCUCCUUAUGAAGAAGACUUGGACCUCUCCAUAAUGAUGGAAGAGGGAGGCGAGUGCACAGAGCGGGGACAAGAUAACAAAGCUAAAGCAACUGGCAGCUGAGAGGCCUCCUUGCUUCUGAGCUCAUCAGUGACAAUCCUAAGCUGCCUUAUACACAAUAUUGCCACAAGCAAUUCACUCGACGGAACGUCCGGAUCGCCCACGCAGUGCCGCCGGGAAGCGGGGGAA